AUGGCGGACUCGGACAAAUCUCCAGAGGUCGACACCACUGCCACAAGCAGCAGCGAUAGCCAAACGCAGCAUGAUUUGCAUAACCCGAUCGACCUGAGAGAAGAGUUGAUUAAUCUAUCCCAGAUUGAUCUAGUUCUGGCAAGAAAGAUGGCUUUGGUAAAUGCUGCCAUUGAUGAGAUUGGUAUGACUCCGUUUCAAUGGAAGUUGUUUUUCCUGAACGGAUUUGGAUAUGCCGUGGAUUCUCUCCUGGUAGUUUGUCAAAAUAUUUCGCAGGUUGCUGUGAAUCAGGAAUAUCGCAGCGCUGAUGCGAAAUUACAAGGUGUCUCGCUAGCUUCCCAGAUAGGGUUGCUUGUUGGCGCUGCUACCUGGGGAUUCACUGCGGAUGUGAUUGGCCGCAAACUUGCAUUCAAUACCAGUUUAUUUGCCAGUGCUAUAUUUGUUCUGAUUGCCGGCGCGAUGCCUAGUUACGUUUCGUUUUCUGCCAUGGUUGCUAUUUACUCUGCAGGAGCUGGUGGAAACUACAUUCUCGAUGCAACCAACUUCCUGGAAUUUCUUCCGACAGCCCAUUCCUGGCUGGUGACAGCCAUGGCAUUGUGGUGGGCGGUGGGAUACACGAUCGCCGGUUUGUUUGCGUGGGUGUUCAUGAGUAACUUCAGCUGUAAUCCAGAUGCCACGAUGGAAACUUGUCACCGUUCUCAAAACAUGGGAUGGCGGUACCUCCAUUUUACUUGCGGUGGUCUGGUCAUAGUUAUGAGUAUUGUUCGAGUCUUAUUCAUUCGGAUGGUGCAGACGCCAAAAUGGCUGAUCAGCCAGAACCGCGACGAUGAGGUGUAUCAGAUUCUCGUGAACUUGUCCGACAAGUACGAUCGGCCGAUGAAUCUCACUCUUGAGCAGCUCCAAUCACAGGGACAAGUCAUCAACACCGAGAAGUCAGCCUGGUCAAAGGUCCGACUAGUUAGUCAUUUCUCUGGCCUCUUCAGCACUCGUCGGCUCAGAUAUUCCACUGUGGUAAUUAUUCUAAACUGGCUACUCAUCGGAACAGUCUCGCCGCUUUACGGCCUUUUCCUGCCGUUCUACCUCAAAACGCAGGGGGCCAAGACUGGAGAUGACUCUAACUACACGACAUGGAGAAACUAUGCAAUUAACCAAGUUGCCGGGCUGAUUGGCCCCGUAAUCGCUGGGUUUCUAGUUCAAACACGUUGGUUUGGCCGUAGAGGAACGUUGGCCAUCGGUGCUGCCAUCACCACCGCGCUUCAACUGGGCUAUACCCAGAUCAAGACGCCAGCACAGAACCUGGGGGUGUCGGCGGCUAUCAGCGCUGCAUCCAAUAUCUACUACGGCACUAUCUAUGCGUAUACUCCUGAAAUCCUUCCCACUGCCCACCGCGCGACUGGAUAUGCUGUUUGUGUGGUACUCAAUCGGGUUGGGGGUAUCGUGGGCGUGCUGGUUGGCAGCUACGCCAAUGUGAACACGGUCGCACCGCUUUUCAUAUGUGCUGGGCUGUAUGGAGGCUUGGUCAUCACGAGUCUCUUGCUGCCGUUCGAGAGUCGCGGGAAGAGAACGGUAUAG